CAGGGGGUGGCCCGCCAAUUUGCAUAGCUAAAUAAUCUGUAGAGCCGACAGGACCGGAGCAGAUCCCUGUGAGAGAAGCCAUUCUUCACCGAAGCCUCAGCUCGAGCAGACUUAAUGAAAACCUGGUGUCGGCCCGUGCGUAAAGACGCGUAGUUGGAGGAGGUGGUGAGCGCCCUGCUGGAGAGGAGAGGAGAGGAGAGGAGAGGAGGUGUAGGCAGAAUUUACGGCUCCUUCUGAAUCCUCCGAGAGCUCAACACUAACCAUGCUUUUUGAAAUCCGCAGCCUCAGGUCCUGCUCUUCUGCAAGGAUGUUGGCAGCGCUGGUGUGUGUUCUGCUCUGUAUCCAGCCUGGACACGGACAGGCCUGCACAGAAGGGUUUGCAUAUGACCGCAGGGCGAGACAGUGUGUAGAUGUGGACGAGUGCCGUACCCUGCCAGAUGCUUGCCGAGGCGACAUGCGCUGUGUGAACCAGAACGGAGGCUACCUGUGCAUCCCGAGGACCCUGUACAACCAGCCCUACAGACCAGAGACCCCGGUGCUGCCGGAGCCCGCUUACCCGGACACGUCGCAGGGAUUCCCAGACACCUUCCUCCCGGCUCCCAGGUCCGUGGAGCCCAGCUACCCCAGAGUGGGGAGCACGGCUCAGUGCCUCCUGGGAUAUACUCCUGCAGAGGAUGGCACCUGUAACGACAUUGACGAAUGUGAGACCAACUCUCAUCACUGUAACCCCACCCAGGUGUGCAUCAACACGGCCGGGGGCUACACCUGCUCCUGCACCGAGGGAUACUGGCUCAUCGGUGGACAGUGUCAGGAUAUUGAUGAAUGUCGAUAUGGUUACUGCCAGCAGCUGUGUGCCAACGUCCCGGGGUCGUACUCCUGCUCCUGUAACCCCGGCUUCAACCUCAACCCAGACAGCAGGACCUGCCAAGAUGUGGACGAGUGUGAAGACGAGCCGUGCACUCACGGCUGCUUCAACACCUACGGCUCCUUCAUGUGUAACUGUGACGAGGGAUUCGAGCUGGCGGCUGAUGGAACUUCUUGCAUCGACUUGGAUGAGUGCAGCUUCUCUGAGUUUCUGUGUCAGCACAGAUGUGUGAACACCCCCGGCUCCUUCUCCUGCAUCUGUCCGCCCGGGUACUUUGUGUUUGAGGACGGCAGGAGCUGUGAAGAUAUCAAUGAAUGUGACACUGGUAACAACACCUGUACAACAGCACAAGUAUGUUUCAAUUUCCAGGGAGGCUACACAUGCCUGGACCCUCUACAGUGUCACUCUCCUUACGUCGAAGUUAGUGACAAUCAGUGCAUGUGCUCAGCUGAGAACCCUGCCUGCAGGGACAAGCCCUUCACCGUUCUGUACCGACACAUGGACUUGUCGUCGGGGCGCAGUGUGCCUGCAGACAUCUUCCAGAUGCAGGCCACCACCCGCUACCCGGGCGCCUUCUACAUCUUCCAGAUCAAGUCGGGCAAUGACGGACGAGAGUUCUACAUGAGGCAAACCAGCAACGUGAGCGCCACCCUGGUCCUGUCCCGGCCCAUCAAGGGCCCCAAGGAGCUGGUGCUGGACCUGGAGAUGGUCACCGUCAACAAUGUCAUCAACUUCCGAGGCAGCUCCAUCAUACGCCUGACGAUAUUCGUGUCGCAGCACCCGUUCUGAGUGGGAACCCCCCCCAGAGAAUCCUGUUGUUGCCCCACUGCAGCUGGGAUGUCAUGCUCUGGUGUUUGAGACAGCUCAUCACUUUUUUUUAGUUUUUCCCUUUUAAACGUUAAGUCAUCCUCAUCCUGUCAAUAAAGACGCGUCCGGUAAAGAGUGAGCUGAUGGGAACGCCUCCCUGUGCUCCAGUCCCCAGUCACCCUGGUUUAAUGGACACUGAUCUUUUAUAGCUGUGAUGUGUUCUUUCAACACAGAUGGAUAUUUAUGUUGACCAAUUUUUAAACCUGAAUCCCAGUGUAUCCCCCCCCCCACUUGUCUGUGAAUCUCCAUCCCUUCAGAUGAGCUGUGAAUGUUCUGGAGCUGUCGUGACGGGCAGAAGUGUAACUGUGCAUUCGGAGCGGUUGUAUUUGAAAUGAUGUAACAAUCAGUCAUAAGCUGAAUUAUUGAUCACCGUGUCUUUAAGUUCAAUAAAUGUCUUUACCACAGAAAAGGAUUCGA